AUGUUGCCCUUUUCUCGGAACAAAAUAUUGACCGCACGCUAUACAACAUGGUCCGGUCAAUAUCAACAAGUUUCUUAUGAUGAAAUUGUCUUCAUUCCGGUUCUUAAUCAACUGUCGUCUUCACAUCGCUACUAUGCAAUAAAACCACAUGGAUCACUUAAAGGCUUGAACGGGAACAUGUCAUCUUCAAACGGAGAUAGAUGA